GCGCAGACGCAGAAACUAAACGUCAUAUAACCUUUUAAAUAAUUGAACGUGUUAAAUAUAAUUGUUUAAAAUAUAAUUUAUGAGGAUAUAUGAUAUUUAUGUGAUGUAAUAAUUUUUUUUACAUGAGUAUAUUUAAUUACAAUUUAAUUAUUCGGUUUAAACAAAACAAGUCAAGUGAUUCAUAUCCUAUUUGUUGUCAACACGUGGAUUGAUGUAAUUUGUCUUAUUUAUUACACCAAAUAAUAUUCUGGAGCAAAAAAAAUGGAAACUGAAAGUUUACCAACAACAUACACAUGCAUAACAUGCCGAGUUGCAUUUAAAGAUCCGGAAAUCCAACGUCAACAUUACAAAACAGAUUGGCACCGUUACAAUUUAAAACGUAAAGUCGCUGAGUUGCCUCCAGUGACAGCUGAGAAUUUUCAGACAAAAGUAAUUGAACAGCGCGUCGAAGAGACUGCAGUUUCCGAGCAAGAAAGUUGUAAAGUUUGUCACAAGACAUUCAACACUACUAAUCAAUAUGAGAAUCACCUCAUGUCUAAGAAACACAGGGAAAGGUCUUUGAAGAGUGAGAAAAUUCCACCACGUGAUGAUGCAGAGUACAUUAAUACAGUAAGUCCUGGAAAAUUAAUACACAAAGCUGUUAGUUCCGUUGGCUCACCGGACAAAGAUGACGAAAAAGCAUCUUCACUUAAUGUUGAAGUAGACUCAGAUGUUGAAUCUGUCGACUCUGAUGACUGGGUCGAGGAUACUGAUAAUCCAGUUAAAAAUAACUGCUGUCUAUUUUGUAAACAUCACAGCAGGUCGAUUGUAAAAAACUUGAAGCACAUGAAUGAAGCUCACGGUUUCUUCAUACCCGACCCGGAGUACUGCAUCGACGUCAGAGGUUUACUAGUUUAUUUAGGAGAGAAAGUAUUCGCUGGGUUCAUGUGUUUGUGGUGCAAUGACCGCGGACGUGUGUUCCAAAGUGCUGAAGCUGCACGUGGUCACAUGCUGGACAAGGGACACUGCAAGAUGUUGCACGAAGGCGAAGCUUUGGCUGAGUAUUCCGACUGGUACGAUUACUCAUCGAGUUACCCAGACGCUGAAGAUCAUGAUCCAGAUGCAGAUGUCGAUAUUCCUGAGAUUGAUGACACUGAUUAUCAACUUGUCUUACCCUCGGGCAACGUCAUCGGGCAUCGCUCGCUCAUGAAAUACUACAAGCAGAAUUUGGAUCCGAAUCGCGCAGUUGCUAUUCCGAAGAACGAAAAGUUAAGACGCGUUUUGUGUCAGUACCGAGCUAUCGGAUGGUCUGAAACUCAGAAAGUUGAAGUGGCAAAGAAAGUCAGGGAUAUUAGAUUCAUGCAACGUAUUCAAUCGAGAUACCUUAUGAAAUUAAAGUUGAAGGCUAAUAAAUUCCAGCCGCAUUUCCGUCAACAAGUUAAUUACUAAAAUAAUUAUUGCCAGUUACUUAUAAUGCUUGUACUACUCAUGUAUUGAUUGGUUACUUUUUUCUAAAAUAAAAAAUAAUAUUUAAAUAU